UCUCACUUCCUGCCGGAAGCCCAACUAGUGAAGUGAAAGGCACCGUCCCACUCAGCAGAAGACGUCAAUCACAUGCCAAAACAUUGCCGAUCAAAUUCAACCAAACGUGAAGCGAAGUGAAAGUUACCGGCGAAGAUGGACACUCGGUGAAGGCUCGUGGCCAGCACGCAUCCACUCUUGCGAUGAAUUCGAGAAGGCGAAGGCAUUCGACUGAGCGCACCCUUACACUCCCACAGCUCCGUCAAGAUGAGCUACAUGCAACUGCUGGACCCGAAAGGGGCGGCAAAGGCGAAGGACAAGGGAAAUCCGAAGAAGAAGAAGCAUUAUGGCCCGCAACAAUCCCGCAAGCCGACAGCGUCGAAAGACGCUGAUCCCACUCCGCCGAAACUCGACGCAAAAGCUCUCCUCGACCCCAAAACGGCAGCAAGCAUGAAGUCUCCUGCUCCUACCCCUGGCAGCCCAUCAGCGAGCAUGAAAGUCGAAAGCGCCGAACUCACUCCACGCAAGCUCGAAGCAAGAGCCCUGCUGGACCCCAGAGCAGCUUCCAGAAUCUCAAAGUCUCCCGCUCCUGCGACCGACAGCGCAUCAACCAACAUGGAUACCGACAAGCAGCUCGGCAUGGGUGACUUGAUUGUGCGACAGAAUAACCUGGUCGAUCGGCAAGCGCAAGCUCCGCGAAAGCGAAAGAUCGAGUCCGUCGAUCCCAACGAAGAAGAUGACCAAGAGCACAAAGCCACAAGGACGACUUUCAAUGGCAUCACCGGUGGCGGAGAGAUCGGGAAGUACAUGAAGGAGGAGCGAGAGAAGGGCGCGCGCAAUGAGCCAAUCGAUCUCACGGAUGACACGAACGACGUGGUGCUGGUUUCCGAGUCCACCGGCGCCGAGCACAAAGAAGUCUGUCUCGGGAUGCUGCACUCUCAAGCAAUCGCCUGGCAGAUUCCAACGACCUCCAGGUACCGCUCCGCCAAGAAUAGCAAGGAAGCAUUCUGGCCGGAUUCAAGGGUCAACUUCCGCCGAUCUCCAGCGCAGAAUCUCAUCAUCGAACUCUUUUCCGACACCGGGACUGGGGUCAGCAUGCGCUUUGGAAAUAUGGACGCGAAGCUUGCGCAUGUCCUAUGCCCUCUGUUAGACGGCAACACCGUCAACAAGAUGAGGGUGAAAGUCUACUUGCUCCCGCUCGAGAAGAGGCCAGGCGAGUUCCCGGGAUUCCGCACUUCGAGAGCCAUCAAGUUGCGUGUUGUCGUCUUCGCGCCUCGUGUACGUGCCUCGGUCAUCGGCAAAGUCCUCUCCCAGCACCAGUUCUUCCUGUCGAGGCCGCCGGAAUACGAACUGCGAGGAGUCGCAUAUGAGAAUCCGCACGAUCCGAAGAUUUUUGGCGGCGCAAUGAAAACACUGGCCCGCAAUGCACCUCAGACUUCCAAGGCGAGCUUUGUCACUCGCACGCAAGAGGAGAUUCUACGCGAGACUUCGGACAUGUUCGACAGCCUGGUCAAGACAGAAGAUCUGCCGGGAAUAGAAGCCGAUGUCGCGUCCAUCAAGACGCCUCUCCUCUCACAUCAGAAGCAAGCGCUUUACUUCAUGACGCAGCGUGAGCGAGGCGACGACAUUGCGAGUUCCGACGGCAAGUUCUCCUUGUGGAAGACAAUGCUAGAAAAGUCGGAAACGGUUUAUUACAACAUCAUUACCAACCACAAGGAAAAGGAGAAGCCCAAACCAGUCCAAGGCGGCAUUCUGGCGGACGUCAUGGGCUUGGGCAAAACGCUCAGCAUCCUCGCCCUACUCGCCGAAACACGGAAGGAGGCUCGUACUUUUGGCCAGCAGGAGGCACCCAUGGACGAGGUUGAUAUCCAGCGUCAGACGAAAGCCACCCUCAUCAUCUGCCCCAAAUCGGUCAUGGCGAACUGGACAGAGCAGAUCGCCACACACACCGUUGCCUCGCGAUUCAAAGUCUACUCAUACCAUGGCACCAGCCGAACUGACGAUGUUGAGGAGCUGGCAAAGUACGACAUUGUCCUUGCGCCAUACCAGACCGUCGCAGCGGAGUUUGGCGGGAACAAAUCGAAAACUUCGGUGCUUGCUUCCGUCAAAUGGUUCCGUGUGGUCUUGGACGAGGCGCAUCAGAUCCGCAAUCCCUCUACCGGCGUCAGUAAGGCAUGCUGCAAAUUGCCGGCGCAGCGUCGCUGGGCAGUGACUGGAACGCCAGUGCAGAACCGCCUUGACGACCUGGGAGCCCUUAUCAAAUUCUUGCGCAUCGAGCCUUUCGACGAUCCCACGGUGUGGUCGCAGCACAUCAUUGCGCCUUUCCGCGCCGCCAGCGAGCAUGUCAUCACCCAUCUUCGCCUCCUCGUCGACAAUAUCACUCUUCGUCGCAUGAAGGACAAUAUUGGCUUGACGGACCGUACGGCGCACCGAGUGCGUCUCGACUUCUCCGAGGACGAGGCCCUCAUCUAUUCGCAGUUCGCCAAGGCUUCCAAUCAACAGCUCAGGAUGAUGUUGAGGGGUAGUGAUCGCUUGAAAGGCAAAUCCUACGCUCAUGUGUUGAAGUCGCUCGGUCGCCUGCGAGCUAUCUGUGCCCAUGGCCGCGAGAUGCUGGAUGAGGAUAGUCAGAAAGAGCUCGAAGGGUUGACUGCUGGGACUGCCAUUGAUCUCGGCGACGAGCCGACUUCGGAGCCGGAUACUAGCUUCAUCACGGAGAAGAGCGCCUACGAGACUCUCAGCAUGAUGAUGGAGAGCGAGGUCAACAUUUGCGCCGGGUGCAGUAACAAGAUCACGCCCAACAACGACAAGGACGAUGACGAAUCUGACUCUGACGAUUCUUCCACGGAUUCUUCGGAGGAGGAAGACGAGGAAGACACGCUUGGCUACAUGACGCCUUGCUUCCACUUGCUUUGUGAGGAGUGCAAAGAGAAUUACAUCGAGGAGAGCCGCCCCAAGCUCACCGACGAUCAUUACCACACAUGCGUCUACUGCGAUCAGUACACGCGCUGGGGCCUCUUCGAACUCACUCGGACUGGGCUGAAGAACUUGCAAGAUGCUCGUGCAGGCAAGAAGAAGGGCAAAGCAGCAGCCAAGUGGGAUGAGAGCACCUACUCCGGCCCACACACCAAAGUUAAGGCGUUGCUCGAAGACCUGAAAGAAUCGCAACGCGAGACAGCAACACUCCCACCCGGCGAGCCUCCCAUCCGCUCCGUCGUCUUCUCCGGCUGGACCACCUACCUCGACCUCAUCGAGCACGCCCUGGACCUGCAGGGCAUCGGCCACGUCCGCCUGGACGGCACAAUGAGCAUCAAAAAGCGCACCGCGGUCCUCGAGACCUUCAAAACCGAUCCCACCAUCACCGUACUCCUCGCCUCCAUCAAGGCAGCAGGCCAAGGCCUGAACUUCACCGCGGCGUCCAAGGCUUUCAUGAUGGAGCCGCAGUUCAACCCGGGCGUGGAGGCGCAGGCGAUUGACCGCGUGCAUCGUCUAGGCCAGAAGAGGGAUGUGGUCAUCAAGCAUUUCAUCAUGCGCGGCAGUGUCGAGGAGAAGAUUUUGGAGUUGCAGGAGAAGAAGCAGAAGUUGGCGCAGUUGAGUAUGGAGAAGAAGGUUAGUCGGGCGGAGGAGGCGAAGAAGCGGAUUGAGGAGCUUAGGAGUUUGUUCAAGUAGGGGGGGGUGUUGAGGAUGGUGGGGAGGACAGAGUCUGUGACCCACGAGCAUUAGCAUUUAUACAUCGAGUAGAAGUAGGAUGAGAGUAGACUAUCGGAGAACAUCUCAACAUGCAC